AUGAAGCUGUCCAGUUCCGCUCGUUAUUCUCUCCUCUUGCUAUCCUCCUUCCUCAGCAUGUCUAGCGCCGCUGCAGAUAAUUCUCACCUCAAAGAUGAUGUGCCCUGCGUGGCUCGCUCACCAACUACUGGUCUUUACUUUGACCUCAAUGCAAUUUCGUUAUUUCCACCUGAGAUGAAAGACGGCAAGAAGGUGAUUAAGGACGCGCGAAAUGAAAGCUGGUAUGCGAAAGGGCAUGACUACCCGGCCAACUUCAGCAUCAACAUAUGCGCGCCCGUUAUUGAAGAAGUCAAGGACGUCGUGGGUGUAGAUUCAUCCCGAUGGCAAAAUAUCAGCGCAUAUUACGAACAGGCGGGGAAGAUAUAUUCAAUAGGCGAGCAAGCUUCAGAACCCUUCUUCCGUGGUCGUAAGCUCGUCCUCAAUUAUACAAAUGGCUCACCCUGCCCCGGAGACUGGGCCGCCGCCAACAAGAAUUCUUCCGUGCGAACAAAAUCCACGAUCAUGUCCUUCCUCUGCGAUCGCGAUGCCCCGGCGAACACCGCCACCCCGUCCUUUGUCGGCACUAUGGAUUCAUGCACCUACUUUUUCGAGGUCCGCAGCUCCGCGGCAUGUGGGGGAAUUGCAAUUGAUCCGAAUGGGCCUGGGCUAGGACCAGCCGGGGUAUUUGGUGUGAUCAUGCUCAUCGCUGUGGCGGCUUACUUGAUUGGUGGUUGUGCCUAUCAACGAACAGUCAUGCACCAGCGUGGCUGGCGCCAAUGCCCAAACUUCAGCCUGUGGGCUGGAAUGGUCGACUUCAUUAAAGACAUGUUCGUCAUACUCUUCUCAUCUGUCGGUAAUUGUCUUCGGCUGAGACGAUCACCUUCGAGUCGUGGGUAUACUCGGGCCGGCACUGAAAACCGUGGUGGGUUUAUCGGUGCAAUCGGUGGACGACGUGGCAGUCAAGGUGGGCGCAGGGAUGUAGAUGCGGAGAAUCGGCUUAUAGACCAGCUGGAUGAGGAGUGGGAUGAUUGA